AUGUUUCCACCUAAGAUGCAGCAAUGGCGCCUGAGCAUGCUGACCAUUGAGCGGAACAUGCGCGCAUCCCUCGGAACGGACGAGAACGUGGACAUCGAUCAUGCGGUGGUCUUGGUGGCCUACGGUGGGGAUGGCGACAACAAGUACUGGACCAUCAAGAAUUCCUGGGGCCCGACUUGGGGGGAGAAGGGCUACAUCCGCCUGAAGCGCCAUGACGAUGAGGGGAAACACUGCGGCUGGGACAAGACCCCUUCCCAUGGCAGCCUUUGCGCAGACGAGGAGGACAAGCCCGAGUGGGUCUGCGGCACCUGCGGCGUUUUGUUCGACACCUCCCACCCCGUGGGCAGCAAGGUGAUCGGCGCCUCCGAGGGAGAUGUCGACCGCUGA